ACCUGCACACAUCCUAGCCUAACCCUAACUAACUCUCCAUCUCCCUCAUUGGCCAUUGCUCUGCUUUUCCUCCCUUUCCCAACUCUGCCUCUUUCUUCCUGUUUCGCCAUUACACUCUCAAUCUCGCUCCAACGCCUCACUAAUUAUUGCUCGCCGGUGCCGUCGGGAGGAAAUCUGUUAUGGGGGAUUCGAAUCUUUCGCCGUUUACCAACCACCAAUUGCCCUCUCCGCCGCCGCCGCCAUCGUCGUCGUCCUCAUCUUCGCAGCUCAAUGUCCCUUCCACGAUGCCACGCCCGUCCCUGAAUCUUGAAACCCUAGCUCCGACUCCUUCGUUCUCGGCUUCGUCGUCGGAGCACGUCAAGCGCCUCAUUAACUCCAAGCAUUACGUCUCCCCUUCCAAGACUAUCUGUUUCGAUAGAUUCAUUCCGAGCAGAUCCGGUUCCAACUUCGAGCUUUUCCACAUCCCUUCUACUCCGUCGCCGUCCGCUGUGUCGAAUAUCUCUACUGAAGUGGGGAGUGAUGGCGGCAAGGAAGAAACCCCCAGCGCUUACGCCGCUCUUCUCCGGGAUGCGCUCUUCGGCACCAAUACGCCAGAUAAGAGGGAAAUCAGAGGGCGGAAUAUCUUCCGGUAUAGAACUGAGACGAGGCAGCCAAUGCAGUCGUUUUCGCCUUAUGGGUUUGAUGAUGAAGGGCCUGGAGUGAGUCAGAGCCCUGUUAAGGCUCCAAGAAAGGUGCCUAGAUCGCCUUACAAGGUUUUGGAUGCGCCUGCAUUGCAAGAUGAUUUUUACUUGAACUUAGUAGAUUGGUCGUCGCAUAAUGUGCUAGCGGUUGGGUUGGGUAAUUGUGUGUAUUUGUGGAAUGCUUGCAGCAGUAAGGUGACAAAGUUGUGUGAUUUAGGAAUUGAUGACAGUGUUUGUUCAGUAGGAUGGGCACAGCGUGGCACGAACAAUCUCGCUGUUGGAACUUUUAAUGGGAAAGUCCAGAUUUGGGAUGCAUCUCGUUGCAAGAAAAUUAGAAACAUGGAGGGCCAUCGAUUGCGUGUUGGCGCCCUGGCUUGGAGUUCAUCUGUGCUGUCCUCUGGUAGCCGUGAUAAGAGCAUACUGCAACGUGAUAUACGCUCUCCUGAAGACUUUGUUAGUAAACUCUCUGGUCAUAAAUCAGAGGUCUGUGGACUAAAGUGGUCAUAUGACAACCGUCAGUUGGCAUCAGGUGGAAAUGAUAAUAGGCUUUUUGUUUGGAACCAACAUUCGACGCAGCCAGUACUAAAAUACUGCGAGCAUACAGCAGCUGUAAAAGCAAUAGCUUGGUCUCCUCAUCUUCAUGGUCUCCUUGCUUCUGGUGGUGGCACUGCUGAUCGGUGCAUACGGUUCUGGAACACGACCACUAAUUCGCACCUGAGCUGCAUGGACACUGGUAGUCAGGUCUGCAAUCUUGUAUGGUCUAAGAACGUAAAUGAACUUGUGAGCACUCAUGGAUACUCCCAAAACCAAAUAAUAGUAUGGAGAUAUCCAACGAUGUCAAAGUUGGCAACUCUCACGGGUCAUACAUACAGAGUUCUCUAUCUUGCUAUCUCACCGGAUGGACAGACAAUCGUUACUGGCGCUGGAGACGAAACACUGAGGUUCUGGAACGUGUUCCCUUCCCCUAAAUCCCAGAACACUGAUAGCGAGAUAGGAGCGUCAUCCUUCGGAAGAACAACUAUUCGGUGAAUGCACGUUUCCUACUUUUGAAAUGAACUCAUGGGAAGUGUUCGUGGAGAAGAGGCUAAUUAUUCUGCUGCAGUGACUUCCGUUUUGUCACUAGCUACUCUCCUGUUUUGUAUAUAUGUAUAGUUUGAUCAUGCUGUCAUUUUUUGUAAACUAUCAUUGUUGAUAGACCCGCCAUGUAUAUCACGCCAAGAAUUUCUCCACCAAUUAUCGGAUUCUUGGCCGUUUCUGUAUAUAUAUAAAAUCACCAAUCCCACUGCGGUAGCUUUUUGAAUCUGCAUCAGUCUCUUCGGGACAACAUACUUCGAUAGCUUGUAGCCAAUCUACUAUACAAAGCGUGAGAGAGUACAUUAUAGUGU